AUGGCUGGGAUCCUUAUUUAUCUACAGUAUUUCCUGGGACGGCUUCUCUAUCGCAUUCGUGGCCACGACGCAGGGCAGAUCAUCCGCACGGCAGCCUUCGAGAACCUCCCAAUGUCCAAUAUGCAGCUGGAAGCCACAGAAUGCGGACCAUCCGGCUCACUGAUGCUACCGCACCACACUUGUGUAGCUGCUGAUAAGAAUGGUAGCUUUCCGGAACUUCGCUGGACUCCUCCUCCCAAGGUCCAAGUCAAAGAGUAUAUCCUGAUAUCCGAGGAUAUUGACCCGCCUAUACCUCGCUUCGUUGUCAUGCAUGGGCUGUUUUAUGCCAUUCCACCUACGAUUACGGGAGUGCUCCCAGAUGAUACCGAGCAGGAUAGAAACACAAAAGAUCAUAUUACUCGGUCUGGCUGGAGAUACGUCCCUAAUCUUCGCGGAAGCUCAUACAUCGGGCCUGCCCCGCCCUUAGGACACGGCAUUCAUCGAUACAUCUUUACUAUCAUCGCCCUCAGCGAGCCCCUUCGUUUUGAUCGCUCGCAAAGGGUCAGCAAACGGCAUAUAGCGAAAGCGAUGGUUGGCAAGGUCGCCGGAUGGGGUCAGUGGGUUGGGCACUUCGAACGUCCCUGGCCUAGUUAG